ACUUGACAGCCCGUUGCGGGCGCCGCGUCAGCUGAUCUAGGAGUUGCGUUGCGUGCCGGCUGGUCGGGGUUCUCCGGUCCCCACAGUCCCCGCUGCAGCCAUGUCGUUCUUUCCGGAGCUCUACUUCAAUGUGGACAAUGGCUACUUGGAGGGAUUAGUGCGCGGACUGAAGGCGGGGGUACUCAGCCAGGCGGACUAUCUCAACCUGGUGCAGUGCGAGACGCUCGAGGACUUGAAGCUACACCUGCAGAGUACAGACUAUGGCAACUUCUUGGCCAAUGAAGCAUCACCUCUGACAGUGUCAGUCAUCGAUGACCGGCUCAAGGAGAAGAUGGUGGUGGAGUUCCGCCACAUGAGGAAUCACGCCUAUGAGCCGCUUGCUAGCUUCCUGGACUUUAUUACUUACAGCUACAUGAUCGACAACGUGAUCCUGCUCAUCACAGGCACACUGCAUCAGCGCUCCAUUGCGGAGCUUGUGCCCAAGUGCCACCCACUAGGCAGCUUUGAGCAGAUGGAGGCUGUGAACAUCGCACAGACACCUGCUGAGCUCUACAAUGCUAUUCUGGUGGACACACCCCUGGCGGCUUUUUUCCAGGACUGCAUCUCAGAGCAGGACCUUGAUGAGAUGAACAUUGAGAUCAUCCGCAACACACUCUACAAGGCCUACCUGGAGUCCUUCUACAAAUUCUGCACCCUACUGGGUGGGACCACAGCUGAUGCCAUGUGCCCCAUCCUGGAGUUUGAAGCAGACCGCCGCGCCUUCAUCAUCACCAUCAACUCUUUCGGCACAGAGCUGUCCAAGGAGGACCGUGCCAAGCUCUUUCCUCACUGUGGACGCCUCUACCCUGAGGGUUUGGCUCAGCUGGCUCGGGCUGAUGACUAUGAGCAGGUCAAGAACGUGGCUGAUUACUACCCGGAGUACAAGCUGCUCUUCGAGGGUGCAGGCAGCAAUCCGGGAGACAAGACCCUGGAGGACCGGUUCUUUGAGCAUGAGGUGAAACUGAACAAGUUGGCCUUCCUGAACCAGUUCCACUUUGGUGUCUUCUAUGCCUUUGUGAAACUCAAGGAGCAGGAGUGUCGCAACAUUGUGUGGAUUGCUGAGUGCAUCGCCCAGCGCCACCGUGCUAAGAUUGACAACUACAUCCCUAUCUUCUAGCAUUCUGAUCCAAGGCUUCCAAGUGCACUGUGUGUGUGCUACCCAUGGCUCACCUGCCUGCCCUGGGGGGGGGGGUAGCACAUUGUCCUAGGGGCUGCCCAGCUUCCCUGAUUCCCUCUGAGACUGCUCUUAGGCCUGAAAAGAGGCUGGGCACCUCUCCCCUGACCCAAGAAUGGACCAAUAUCCCUUCCAGAGCAAUGAGGCCCCCUCAGCCCUGUGUUUACAGCCACUGACAUGUCUGAGAAGCAUGUGGUCACUUUCAUGUCCCUCCCUAAAUUGAGGACCCCUAGGGGCAGUGUGAGCCUCCUCCCUGUGGGCCACUCCCAGAGCUAGGGCCCAUGGGAAGGAUAGUGUAUGUCAUUGGGGCAUGGGGGAAGCAGCUCAGCUGUGCUCCUGAAAUAAUAAAACUGCUCUAACUCUACUGUCUGCUGCCUCCU